UGCGUGUGGCUCGGAUUAGUGUGUUUUUAGUUCUCCAUACGUAUGUAAUAGCGUUACAGCGAAGUGCAGUAAUAGGCUGUGUUUCAAAGCCCAUUGAGCCGCCUACCUAGACAGCCAAUUGGACCGCCGAGGGCGCGUCUGGCACGCUCGAAAAGCUGUUUUGAACGCGUCCCGAUUGCGCAAAUGACUCACAGAAACGCACUGGAGCGUUACAAGCGCGAGUACGACGCCCAGAAAUGCUGUCUAGACAGGCAGCGCUUUCGUUUUUGACACACCACCAUACUGUCCAGUGACAGGCGUACUCGGUGCAUGCGUGCUGCUGGAGUCAGUCAGUGACGUUCUUGUCCCAGAAUGCUGCCUGGUAAACAGACAUGGAAGCACCUGGUGAAGACCUCCACAGUCACUGAGCACUGCACUCGCUCUUUGAACUGAUCUUCAUUUUCAAAACACCCUAAAGCCUGCGCCUUUGUUCUCUCUGGAGCUCAACCGGGACCUCUGAAGUCCAGGGCAUUGAUUCCCUCACCAGCUUGUGUGGCAGUCUGGAAUCACCAUAGCUGAUGAGGAUCUACUGACUUGACCAGUUUUGUUCCAAUUUUUACUUUUGACAAGCGGAAAGAAUGUCGGAAAGGGCCGAUGAUGACGUCAGAGGGGAGCAGCAGCAGCAGCAGCGCAGAGCGGCCAGGCAGCUGAAGCAGCAGCCACAGUUCCAGCGGGGAGAAGCCUCCACAGCAAUGGCGACUGUUGCGGAGCGCAGAUCCCUGCCUAGUCCUGAAAUAAUGCUGGGACAGCCGUGGAGCAGCUGGGUUGAUGCUGUGAAACUCUACGGGAGCGACGGUACGGAAUUGGAAGAAAGUUUGAAAGAGUGCGGGAAAAAUCGCGAAGCCAUGAGACUCUGCAGAGACGACAUGCCCAUCUUCGGCCAAUGUCCUGCCCAGGAUGACUUCUACCUGGUCAUGUGCAGCCACUGCAGUCAGGUAGUCAAACCCCAGGCCUUCCAAGCACACUACGAGAGAAGACACAGCUCCAGCAGCAAGCCCCCAUCCAGCUAUGCCGCCUCUGCUGCAUUUGCAAAUUCUCGAAAUAAGGGCAGCCUUGGGGGUGGAGUUGGGGUCGGGAACGUUGGUGGAAGCACACUUGCACGCCCCUCCAGUGCGAACAGCAGCACCCCCACUAAAAUCUUCAAACCAACCAAAGAGAAGCUGCCUCACCGGAAGCCUCACUUCCCCUAUAGGGUGCCGCAAGAAGAGAGUCCAAUCCCUGCAGUCAAAGUAGAGAAGGUUCAUCUGAAGGUGGAAUCUUCACCCAAACUCCCUCACGUGCCCGCCUCUUCUUCCACUUCCUCCUCCUCUUCCUCCAAUACUGUGAGCACCUCUCCCUUGAAGCCAGGCCUUAACUUCCCCUCCAUACCAAAGGCUCCACAACUGGCCCCAGGUCAGAUCCCCAAUGGAAAGGGCCACCUCUCGUCCCAAGACAAGAAACAGGACAGCAGCAGUGCCAGUAGCAGAAGACCCUUAUACAAAAGACAAGAGCGAGAGUUUAAUCCAGAUAUCCACUGUGGGGUUAUGGAUAUAACAGCACGUAAGCCAUGCACAAGAUCCUUAACAUGCAAGACACAUUCCAUAAGCCAGAGGAGGGCGGUGCUCGGGCGGCGGCAACGCUUUGACACGCUGCUUGCUGAGCACAAGAGCAAAGCACGCGACAAGGAGAUGCAGUUCAGGUUGGACCCCUCACACCCAGCACCCCCUCUCAGGGACCCUCACCCUCCCCCCUCCCGCCUCUCACAAGACCCUCACCCGGUCUCCCAUGGCAAUGGCACUGCCGAUGCCACCAAGCCUUUGCCCCCCAGCAAACCCAAACCUCAUAAUUCUGGGCUUCCACGAUUCAACAGCAGUAACUCUCACAGUGGAGGAGACCCAGCCAUGGCCCACGACCAGGCUCACCACUCUCACUCGGCCCCCGUGGGUACCGAGACCAGCCGUCUCUCCAGUGACGAGGGGGAGAACGAGGAGAGGGAGGAGGCCACAGAGAAACUGGACUGCCAUUAUUCAGGUUACCACCCACGACCAGCUGCUUACUGCACUUUUGGAAGUCGAUUGUACGGUAGAGGUUGUUACGCGUUCGACCGGCGCUGGGAUCAAGUACGUUGUGCUCUCACCACCAUGUUGGACAAGCAUGUCAACUCACAAAUGUGGAAGAAAAUCCCUCUAGCGUCAGAGAACUCGGCAGCAACACCGACAGCCUCUCACCGGACAAGCACAAACUCCCAUUCUUCCUCAUCCUCCUCCAUUUCUGCAGGGUUUCUCAGCCUGUCCUCACCGCCGCCUUAUGACAGCAAGCCAGUCCUGUCAUAUGGCACCACCCUGAAUGCCCGCUCUUCUCCGCAAGCCUCCGCCACCGAGCAGCCCGCCUACAGUGGCGCUUCUAGACAAGUGUCAGCCUCAUCACCCCAGAUGCCUUCAGCCCACUCGUCCUCGCUACCCUCGUUGGGCUCCAACCGACCCCUCAAAUCCCGAUCUGGUACAAAGUCCUUUAAGGCUCGGGAGCCAUCCUCCAGCCUAAGUAACUCUAUCGUCAAGGGCAGCACUAACAGCAGCGUUAGCGUCAGCGGUAGCGCGAGCGGUAGCCUCAGUUCGGGCAAGAAGCGGAAAAACAGUUCCCUGCUUAGCAGCCAUAGCACUUACACCUCUGAAUCCUCCUCGUCUUUUAAGAAGAACUGCGCGAUGAACUCCUCCAGCCUCGGCAGCGCCUACCACACAUCGCUCGCCUCCACCCCCUCUUCGUCUUCGUCGUCGUCGACGUUGUCGUCAUCCCACAGCGGGGUGUACAGCGUGGGGGUGAACUGCACCCCAGGCAGGGCCAACUCUUUGAGCUUGAAGCAGGAGUCGACAGGACGUGGCCCUCCCUCAGGCAGCCCGGCCGAGUCCAUUAAACGCAUGAGCGUGGUGAUGAACAGCAGCGACUCCACCCUCUCCCUCGGGCCGUUCGUUCACCAGAGCAGCGAUCAUCACGCAGAUGCACGUCUGGAAGCCAAAAGGAGGAAGGGCUCACCUGGCUCGAGUAGCCUCAACAGCACAGUGUCUGGAGCGGGAGCAGGACAAGGUCCCGGCAGGCCCAAAAUGCCCAAGUCUCCAUCGAUCAACAACAUCCACAGCAAGCAUGCUCGCUCCAUACCUGGACCACCAGGGCUCCCGAACAAUUCACUCAUACAUCAGCCAAAGGCUCGUCCCUGACACAGGUGUGGAGGCUCUGAGCGUGCUGAGCAGUAGGCUGGACCCAGAGCUCCCUCAGCCCCCUCAUGCCACUCUGCACGAGGCCUUCUUUUUCUCUUACUCUUCCCACAAUCCUCAGGGUGGAAUGCACACUGGGUGGCCCAUUGAUGUCCUUCGUGGGGAUCUCCUCCCAAAGCCAUGCAGGGGCACUCUCCGGGGAUAGGAUAAUAAGCCAGAGAGAUAUAGUUCUCCUGUCGGAGGUUAUAAUGAAUCUAUACAAUGCACCAUUGGGUACAAAGCCUGCUGCGUAGAGCAUGAGCUGCCCAGCCUGAGCGCUCGCGCUGGGGUCGAAAGGUACGGAUUUGGGCUGGUGCGUAGCCUCACCAACACUACCAAGCGUAGGAGGGAUGUGCGACGCGAACAAGAUAAGUUGCUAAAUGUUAGCUUGAGCGUGUGGACAUACUGGAAACUGAAAUCCUACUCAGCCUUGGAGAAAGUGUACAGGAGAGGAACAUCCCUAAAGUAGACACACAAUCAACCUAAGUUAAUCAUACACGUGAUCUCUCACUGGAAGGCUGUAUUAGAUUGAGCUACACUCACUGCAGAUAGACAUGACAGGAGUGGAGUUUCAACAUGAGCAACCUAAACCUAAAGAUUAUGCAAACUAGACAUUUUUAGACCACAUUUUGUUUACAGGUUAGCACUUGCAUAGCAAACAGAACAAAAUAUUUAUCAUGUACCAUUUUCCAUUAUUUUUGAGUUCAAAGUUUCAUUUAGAUUCAAUUAUUUUAUUUCAAGAGUUUUUUUUUUUUUUUUUAACUUAAAGGGAUAGUUUACCCCAAAAUUAAAAUUACCCUAUGAUUUACUCACCUUCAAGCCAUCCUAGGUGUAUAUGAAUUUUUUUUCAGACGAAUGCGAUCGGACUUAUAUUAAAAAAUGUCCUGGCGCUUCCAAGCUUUAUAAUGGCAGUGAAUAGGUGUUGAGAUUUUAAAGUCCAAUAAAGUGUGUCCAUUCAUCUUGAGAAGUACUCCACACAGCUCCGGAGGGUUAAUAAAGGCCUUCUGAAGCUAAUCGAUGCCUUUGUGUAAAAAAAAUAUUCAUGUUUAAAACUUUACAAACCAUAAUCGUCGUACACGUGUUCAUUUUGUUGACAAAUAAUUUUCGUCAACCACAUGUUUUUUCACAGACGAAAAUGAGACAAUAGCAAACGAACUUGUUUUGAAUGACAAAAACUAUGAUGAAAAUCCAUGGACAUUUUUGUCAAACUAAUAAAAACAAGACAAAAAUGUUAGGGGGGACGAUUUGGGAAGAGAUUCAUUCAGAACGAAUCUGGUUAGGAGGUUAGAUGCAUACAUUUGAACUGUAUCAUAAGCUGUUUCCAUCACCCUGUUUUUAUGCACAUUUUGAAGUAUCGCAUCAGAAACGAGUGAUGGAAAUGCCACAUUUCGAAUAAAAAUCCCUUAAUUUGCCAAAAAGAUUUUACACUUGCUUGAGGUGGUUUUUGACUUUUUUUUGGCGGAAAAGGGUUAAUGUGAAUAAUGCGAGAUGGAAAUGCAUUUGCCGAAUAAAUUCCUCCAUACGCAUCAAAAAUGUCACGACUUUGCGCUAUGGGAUGGCAAAAUCCGUCUAACCAUUGGACCGAUCUCGUUCCACAGUGUCUGAAAUGUUAUGGUCAUUCUGAAAUGCCUAAGCAAAGUCUGUCAUCAAAGUAUUUCUGUAUAAUUGCCUUCCAGAAAUGUCUUACAUGACUGUGUUCCCAAACAGCAGGCAUCCACCUCCAAGAAAUUAUCACAUUUAUCGCCAUUCUCUUGUGAAUGCAUGAGUGCGACGAAUUUUAAAUAUGGAUAUUUUUCUCACACAAACACAUUGAUUCACUUUAGAAGGUCUUUAUUAACCCCUUGGAGCCGUGUGGAGUUUUUUUAUGAUGGAUGGACAGUUUUUUGGACUUCAAAAUCUCAACACCCAUUUGCUAGCAUUAUAAAGCUUGGAAGAGCCUGAAUGUUUUUUAAUAUAACUCUGUUUAUAUUCGUCUGAAAGAUGAAAGUUAUAUACACCUAGGAUGGCUUGAGGGUAAAUACAUUUUUGGGUGAGCUAUCCCUUUAAGAUUUAUCCAGAGAAGCUGUUUUAUUGCAUUUUCUUUUUUUACAAAAACAAAAAAAAAAACCCAAA